GUAGCUCGCCAUGGCUCAUCAGGACUGAACUCCUCUCUCUAUCUAGUCGACAAAGAGAUGGAGCACAGUACCGAGCCAGCACACAGGAACGACUCAUCAUCAAUCAUCCCAAGAAGCCUACAUCUGAAGUCACCGACCGACUCUUUGAUUCUUUCUAUCGAUCGUCAAUAAUAAUACAAGCAGGAAAGAACUCAGAUGAUCAGGAGGCGAUAUUAGUCCUCCUGUUGCUAGUGGUUGUGGCUUUGGCUCUUGGGGGAGAGCUUGGGACUAGAAGAUAUCCGCAGAUGGAGUUGACUCGCAGAAAACACUGGAAACAUGCUCCUUUUGCGCCUUCCUCCUCCUCCUUGUCGCAGUCCUCGUCCUCUGCUCCUUUCAGGUGGAGCGAUGGCUCAUCUGGCAGCGGCGAUGACGAUUUGGUAGAGAAGGAGCACAUGUUCGACAAGGUGGUGACGCCGAGCGACGUCGGCAAGCUGAACCGGCUGGUUAUCCCCAAGCAGCACGCCGAGAGGUACUUCCCGCUGGACGCGUCGGCCACCCAGAGAGGGCUGUUGCUCAGCUUCGAGGACCGCAACGGCAACUCGUGGCGCUUCCGGUACUCCUACUGGAACAGCAGCCAGAGCUUCGUGAUGACCAAGGGGUGGAGCCGCUUCGUCAAGGAGAAGCGGCUAGCCGCCGGGGACACCGUCUCGUUUGGCCGCGGUGUCGGCGAGUCCGGACGCGACCGGCUUUACAUUGACUGGAAGCGGCGGCCUGAGAGACUUGACCCAAUCCCAGUGCCACGAAUCCCUCUCCCUGGAGUAACCUUUGCGAGGUCGGUCGGACCAACGGGCGGACACCUCUACAUGCUACCUGCGACGACGACGGUGUACGGCCACCACGGCCAGGGUUACGGCUACAAUAUCGCAAGCAUGACUGCUUUGGAAGGGCAGUUUCUUUACUUCCCACCUCCAGUCACCGGUCGGCCGCCGAUCGAGGUGCAACCUGGUGGCGGUGGUGGCCUGUCGAUGGUUCUUGAUCCGGUGCCCGUCGCCCACAGCCAUGCCACGGCCAGGCACGUCAGGCUGUUCGGGGUGAACCUCGUGUGCCCCGACGCAGAAGACGAUGGCGGCGUCCGCGGUGUUACAUCAUCGAUCUUGCUACAGUCGCAACAAGAUUCCGCGCUCCCCCUCCUCUCACUCCCGCUGCAGCAGGACACAUUGGUUCCGUCCUCGUCGAUGAUCAAGGAGCAGCAUUCGCCGUCGGAUCUCGACUUAUGAGGAAGUUGGAGGGUACAAGAAAGGUUAUUGCCAUUGCCUUACGGAUCAACUGGGAAGGACACUGGAAGACUAAGUUGGCCACAGUUUUGUAGGUUCUUCUUUCCUACUUUUAAGAAAUUGAAAGAACAGA